UAUGGUAUGAGCUAGUCUUAUGAAAAAUCCUUAGGAUUUUAGGGGGAUGGGUAAGAAGAUAGCCAUUGAGAAGAUAGAGAAUCCAUUAAGACGUCAAGUGACAUUCUCAAAGAGGAGGAACAGUCUUAUCAAAAAGGCAAAUGAAAUCUCCAUCUUAUGUGAUGUGGAUGUUGCCUUCAUUGCUUUCUCUCCUUCUGGUCGCAUAAUCAAGUUUUCCAGCCGUCCAAGGUUUGAGGAUAUGAUUGAAUGCUAUAUCAAGCUGCCUGCAGUGAAGAGACAUGAAAGAAACCCUCAAAUGAAGAAUAUUGAGGGGAAAUUAGCACGGUUAAAGAAGCUUGACCACAUAAAAGGGAACGAUAACAAAUUGCAUAGUCUCAACGCCCAGUUUGUUUCCCUCUUCUUAUCGUUUCUGUUCUCUUAUUUUUUUAGUCUUUUUUUUUUAUCUUGGUUUUUUUAAUUUUUCCAACUGGGAAAUUUGGAUUUCUUGCAUGCAUCUCAUUAUUUAAAAAAAUAAUUAAUUUUCCAUAUUUUCAACAUACCAAUAGGCAAUAGCAGUAAAUCCUUAGGCAAUAUUUUGAGGCCCUUUGUU